UUAGUUUGAACUUUGUAUCCGAUAUCAACUCGGCAAACUGAUAGCGCUCUCUAGAAAUCUCAGACCUGAGAUUUUUGUUCACUUCAGAGGCCCGGAGGUCGGUGAAAUUUUGUGUGUGUUCGUUCUUCAGCGGAUGGGAGUUUCCUUGUAUAAUGUAGUUGCGCGUUGGUAUUAAUCAACCAUGUGAAAGCUAACGCAACAAUCAUCAUCUCUCUCUCUCAAAAAAAAAAAAAAAAACACAAUCAUCAUCCGUUAUUCUACGCUAAAUUCUGUUUGUUUUUGCGACUUCUGUUAUCUCCAAUGAUGGCAACAAUCCCAACUAACCAUUUCAACUUAAGGAUUCACCAUAUUCAACUUCAACCCAGAAAUUCCCAAUUAGUAAAAUCUAUAAUUGUGAAUCGAAGGAGAAGAAAUUCAAGGCCACCUUCUUCUUUCUCCUUGAAAACCCGUCUCCAUUUUCAUUUCUUAAACCUCAGAAACUGCCCUUGUCUUUCUGUCGUUCCCAAAGCUAUUGGUGAUGCUGAUGCUAGCUCUCAACACUCAACAGCUUCAGAUGCUGAUGUGAUGUAUAGGAACCUGUCAAGUACUGAUGAAAACUAUGUGCCGUUGUUAGUAAGAAUGCUUGGGCUGGACAAUGAUCCCCUUGACAGAGAACAGGCAGUAAUUGCUCUUUGGAAAUACUCUCUGGGAGGGAACCGUUAUGUUGAUCAUAUUAUGCAAUUUCGUGGGUGUGUAAAUCUCACUGUACAUCUUCUAAGGUCCAAAUCUAGCAAGGCGUGUGAAGCAGCUGCAGGCCUUUUAAGAAUGAUUUUUUCAGUCAAUGCUUACAGAGAUAUUGUAGCUGAAAGUGGAGCCAUAGAGGAGACAAGUGCUUUACUACGGAGGCCUUCCUUGACAUCUGAGAUGAAAGAACAAAGUAUAUGUAUGUUGUGGAACCUGACAGCAGAUGAGAAGUUCAGGCUGAAGAUUGCAAACACCGCGCUUUUGCCUUUACUUUUAAAGUUAUUGGAUGAUGAGGAUAUGAAAGUAAUUGAGGCAGCUGGCGGGGUGUUGGCUAAUUUGGCAUUGAGUUCUCCUAAUCACAGUAUCAUGGUUGAAGCUGGUGUUAUUCCAAGACUGGCCAAGUUUUUGACAAAUGAAAUUGAGGGAUCGAAAGUCGUUAGAAAAGAAGCCAAAAAUGCUUUACUUGAGCUAGUUAAAGAUGAUUACUAUAAGAUUCUUGUCAUGGAGGAAGGAUUGGUUCCUGUACCUUUGGUCGGUGCAGCUGCUUAUGCUUCUUACAAGCCAGCCUUGCAUUCAUGGCCCUCAUUACCUGAUGGUACUGAGUUUACACAGAGCUCUAAAGGCCCUUCGAGAUAUGGUGCUUCUGAGUUACUACUUGGGUUGAACGUUGAAGACAACACUGAAAAAAUAGAUAAGUCCAAGAUGGAUGCGAUAGUUGGGCGAACGCAACAGCAAUUUUUAGCUCGUAUUGGGGCAAUAGAAAUUGAAGAUGAGAAUAAUUCAGAAAGGGGGUUCUCUACUAGUGGUCACCAAACUUUGCUGCCAUGGAAGGAUGGUAUUGCACGUUUAGUAUUAGUUCUAGAGCUGGAAGAUGAAACAGCAAUUGCAAAAGCGGCAGAUUCUAUUGCUGCUUCAGCAGUAAAUGAACAUAUGCGAACGUCAUUCAGGGAAGCUGGAGCUGUGAAGCGUCUAGUUCACCUUUUAAGCCACAGCAGUAAUGCAGUGAGGUCUUCUGUACUGAGUGCAUUGGAUAAGCUGUCUAUCAGCAAUGCUGUUUGUGGAACAAUGGAGGCAGAGGGUGUUACACGCCCUUUGAUCAACAUACUUAAUGACUUGCAGACAACUGAAAGCCUAAUCGAAAAGGCGGUGAGCAUUCUUGCGAGGAUCUGGGACCCAAAUAAACAGAUGAAGUUAAAGUUUUACGGUGGACCUGUUAAUGGUUCAACAAAUAUAAUUGAUUCAAGUAGUCACAAUGUUACUCCAGGACUUGAUGGAGCCAAGAUGGAAGUGAAAAAUUUGCUGGACUCUGCACUGGCUGCUCGUCUUGUCGAUAUUUUGAAGAUUACAUCCCCAAGUUUACAAACAAAAGUUGCAUCUAUCCUUGAAUAUUUUGUUAUGAUUGAAACAUGCAUGGACACUAUCAUUGCGACAGAGAUUGGGUCUUCUUUAAUAAAUAUAUUUAAACAAAUAUUUCCAGAUACGGAAACUUGUUCUGAGGAUCAAGAGCCUGAUGCGGUCUAUGUUGAAGAAAUUGGGCGUGCUGUCUCACAAGCUUCGAGAUUGCUGACAAAAUUGCUUGAUUUUCAGCAGUUUCGUCAGACGAUUGAUUCAAAUGAAUUCACAACAUUGCUUCGGCAGAUUCUUAAAUCAGAUAUCCAUCUUGAUUACAAAGAAUGGGUUGCAGCAUGCCUAGUUCGGCUCAGCUUCUCUUCAAGCCCGUUUGAGAAUCCAAUUACGACUGACGUUACACUUCAUGAGACCAUUCCACGAUUAGUUGAGCAAAUAAGAACCACCUUCUCAGCUGAUGCCCAAGAGGCUGCUGUGGUAGAACUGAACUGGAUAGUGUCUGAAGGCGUGGUUGGUGCAGCACGAGCUGUUGCUGCUCAUGGUGCUAUUUUUCCUUUGGUGAAGUUGUUAGAGCAAGGUAGUGAGAGGGCUGUUGAAGCUGGGUUGGCUGUUCUGUACACUUUGAGUAUGGACAGUGAGAAUCAUUCAGCAAUAUUAGCUGCUGGAGCAGUGCCAGUAUUAAGGAGAAUUAUACUUUCCCAUAAACCUCAGUGGAUUCGAGCGCUUCAUUUGUUGAGGAAUUUGCCAGUAUGAUAUAUAUUAGAAAAAAACUCAUACUGGGAAAUAAGUUCGUAGUUUAGGAAAGGAAACAAUUUGUACAAAUAAUACUUUUUCAGGUGAAUCAUUUACCUAAGUUUACUACAUCGUUGUAGUAUUGGUGCAGCUUUUGUUGUAAGCUAAACGCUUCUAUGAGCUAGGAAAUUAGAAGCUCUCUGAUGUCUACACUUUCAUGGUUUACUAUGUAUAAUUUUUAGCA